AUGGAAAAGGACAAUGUUGUUUUGUUGGAUUUUUGGCCAAGCUCAUAUGGAAUGAGAGUGAAAAUCGCUUUGGAGGAGAAGAGAGUCUUAUAUGAGUGUAGACAAGAAGAUUUUCAAGAUAAAAGCUCUCUUCUUUUAGAGAUGAACCCGGCUUACAAAAUGAUUCCGGUUUUGAUUCAUAAUGGAAAACCCCUAUGUGAAUCACUCAACAUUGUUGAGUACAUUGAUGACGCUUGGAAUCACAAACCUUCUCUUUUGUCCUCUGAUCCUUACAAGCGGUCUCAAGCCAAAUUUUGGGGAGAUUACAUUGACAAACAUAUAUACAACAUUGGAAAGAAGGUAUGGACAGGAAAGGGGAAAGAACAAGAAGAGGGUAAAAAGAAGUUUAUAGAAUGUUUGAAGACUUUAGAAGGUGAGCUUGGAGAGAAGCCAUAUUUUGGUGGAGAUGACUUUGGAUAUGUUGAUGUGGCUCUUGUUCCCUUCACAAGUUGGUUUUAUACAUAUGAGACUUAUGGAAAACUAAGCAUAGAGGAAGAGUGUCCUAAGCUUGUGGCUUGGGCCAAAAGGUGUAUGGAAAAAGAGAGUGUGGCAAAGUCACUCCCUAACCCUCACAAAAUACAUGGUUUUGCAAUGCAAUAUAAACAAAAUCAUGGACUUGAUUAG